AUGGCUCCAAGUCCCCCAUCCCAUCGUCCCCGCAAGAAGAGGAGGACUCCGGUGGCACCUGGCUCGAAUAAUAACCUCAUUCUGAAUGUCAAAAAUGGAGAGCCCUCAUUUCCAUUGGUAUCCUUUCUAUGGGCAGCUAGGGCUGGGGUUUCGCAAUGGCUGAUUCUACCUCUCACACUCAUGGCUGUUGGCCUUUUCCGGUGGGCUGUUAGUCUCUGGGGUUACUCAGGCUUUCAAGUUCCCCCCAUGCAUGGAGACUUCGAAGCACAACGCCAUUGGAUGGAGAUCACCACUCACUUGCCCAUUUUCAAGUGGUAUACCUAUGACUUGCAAUACUGGGGGCUUGACUAUCCUCCGUUGACUGCGUACCAUAGCUGGCUUUGUGGGAAAGUUGGCUCUAUUUUCAACCCUGCGUGGUUUGCGCUAGACGAGUCGCGGGGAUUUGAGAGCGCAGACCUUAAGGUUUAUAUGCGUGCCACCGUCAUCAUUUCCGAGUACCUUAUCUACAUUCCCGCUGUGGUCACCUUCCUCCGUCGGUAUACCCGAAUGCAUGGCGUGCACGCUUGGUCUGCCUCGAUCGCUCUCGUUGCCAUUCUCCUCCAACCAGCGACUAUUUUGGUGGAUCAUGGUCACUUCCAAUAUAACACGGUGAUGCUGGGUCUCUUUGUGGCAAGCCUGGAUGCUAUUUUAGCUGGGCGUAUGCUUUGGGCCUGCAUAUUCUUCGUAGGUGCGCUAGGUUUCAAGCAAAUGGCUCUCUACUAUGCUCCCGUCAUCUUCGCCUAUCUCCUGGGCGUCUGCUUCUUCCCACAGAUUAAGAUCGUGCGCCUCGUCAACAUCGCCUUGGUCACGGUGCUUUCAUUCACCUUGCUUUUUGCUCCGCUGCUUGUUUCGGCUACCGGUAUCGAGGCUCGGCAAGAAUUCGCAUCCGCGCCGCAGCCUCCAUUGCUACAGACUCUGCUACAGGUCCUUCCUAUCACUUUGGACUCAAAGUCCAUACCUUAUGCCCUCCUAUACCAGCUCACACAAACGGUUCACCGCAUCUUCCCCUUUGCCCGUGGUCUUUUCGAAGACAAGGUAGCUAAUGCCUGGUGUGCCCUUCAUACAUUCUACAAGCUUCACCGCUUUGACGCCUCGUUGCUCCAACGGGCUUCUCUUGCUGCUACCCUGGCUUCAAUCAUCGUGCCAUGUGCACGAAAAGAGCGUCCUCCUUCCCUCCUCCCAAUGACACUUUCGCUUGCCGGUAAUGGGGGACUGAAUAAAGAGAACCGCGCCUGGGUAGGCUGGGCUAACGUGCUUGGCUCGUGGACGAUGUUCCCUCUACUCAAACGCGAAGAGCUGCGCGUGCCCUAUGUUGUCAUCACUCUUCUGUGGGCUUACCUCCUUGGUCUUCCUCCCACGUCCCUAGAGACAUACCACAGUCGCUCUACCAAGGACGACCCAAACUCUCAAUUCGAGCUUCACGCUCUUACCAAGAUACUUCACUUCGUGUUCUACGUCGCCAUGGUUGCUUGGCAUGUCCUGGAAGCUUUCGUUCCUCCGCCCGCCGGAAAGCCGGAUCUGUGGGUGGUUCUAAACGCCCUGAUCGGCGCGGGCGGGUUUGGGAUUGCCUAUUUAUGGUCCAUGUGGAAGUUGCUUGUCCAUUGCCAGCGUAUUGCACGCGAGGCAAGCGAAGAUGAUGACCGGAAGAAAAAGCAGUGA